UUUUGAUUUUAAGAUGAUAUAUUAUGAUGCCGAAUAAAUAUUAAUUUACCUAUUCAACUGUUUGAUGCAAUGCAGUCAGGUCUUAGCAAAAUGGUAAACCAAUAUUUACUUACUCCAACGAUGUACAAUACUCAAUAUUCUGAGCACUUGCGAAGUCUGAACAUUCUGUGCGUGAAAAAUCAGAGAAAAUUUUGAAUUUUCUAUCUUCAAAAAGGCAAAUAAAGAUAUGGAAAACUUUUUUCGUAAGAAGUAAGGAAUUACUUUAAGAAGCGCUUUAUUUAAUAAGAACAGUAUUCAUACCAAAAAAUUGAGAAGAAUUUAAUGUCCUAAAUAGAAAAUAAAGCACACAAGCAUCACCCAAACUCUGGUGUAAUAAUUUACAUAAAGUAGGGCUGUGAAAUUCUAGCGACAAAUCCAAACACCUUGCAGGAGAGUUUCAAUGAAAAACCUUUUAGCAUUCCAACGUAUCGCAGCGCUUGUUUAGGUAACAUGCUAAUUUUCUGCCAUAAUCUGAGUGCUAAAUCCUGUACGUACGUGGCACAGGCGGAGAUAGUAGCCGUUAGGGAUGGCCCGUCGCAUAAAAGAUACCUAUUACAUGUCGAUGUUUUGAUAAGCGUGCUAAAUCAACAAUUAAAUUACCCAUUUAGAUUAAUCGUAAUGCCUAAAUUUUUUACAGAGAGAAAAAAAAAUUUGACAUAAUAAAAUUAAAUAUUAUUAUUAUGUCAAAUCUUUUUUUUCUCUGUAAAAAAUAUUUGGCUAGUGCGCAGACUAGUGGUGAAUUGUAUAAUGACAAAAUCCAGUUUUAAUAAGUGGUCUCCAUUCAAUCUAUUUGUUAUUGCAAGAUCGUACAUAAUAAGUACUACCUACUACAUAAAGCUGCAGUAUUUAGAUUGACGUGCCGUUAUCCGUUUAUCAGUGGUAAAGUCUGCAAAAAGCAAACUAGAACGUUAUCUAAACCACCCAAUCUAAGUCUUUUUAAUUAUGUUAGCUCGGAAAAUAUUUCAAUCUAUCCCGUCUUAAUAGGGUUACGUGUCUAUCUCCGAAUAUCCCGAUUUUUCCGCCCCAAAAACCGAUUUCUUUCGCUUCACUAGUUUCCCACGUAUCUGCAAUGCAAAUAUACUGCAUCAACUCCCAACAUUCGUGGCUUCGCGACAGAUGGACCUUUGUCCAAAAAUGGUACAUACCCGCUGUUCAGUUCAGACAUGUUUAGUCAACCGCAAUGGGAAGAAUUUGAAUUCUACUUUCCAUUGAAAUAUAAUUUUCCUACGCUGAUGAGAAAAAAAUGCUAACUUACUUUUCUAAUAAUAAUAAUAUUAUGUAAAAGUUUGAGAGAGAAAGUAGCUUUUUUACAUGCUUGAGUGAAAGUUGAGUGAUUUCAUAUUUACCUGAAAUACAUACUUAAUUUAAUUUCGGAAUAUUAUUGCCAGUUUUUUCAGCAAACUGCACGAACGUAACAGCAUUCUCUCUCUUUGCAUACGUACGUACCUAACAUAAAAUUACUUUGAAAAACUUUACAAAAAAAAAUAUUUGAUGAUUUUUUAGACGCCCAAAGCAAUAAACAAAGCGUUGUUUAAUUUAAAACCGCUCACGCUUUUAAUAGACUUCACUUUAUGAGCUCGCGGCAUAAUACAAUAAGGUAGAAAUACAUUUAUUACAAUACAGACAGGCUCAGUAGCUUCUGAAAAUAUGUUGGUAAUGUGCUAUAAUUUAAUUUUCAGGAUAAAACUCCCUGGUAUUUCCUAAGAGGCUCGAAAAGGUCUAUAAGUUUCAGCCUAAGCCUAAUGUUAUCUGGAAGGGAUGGUAGAGCAAGCGUUACCUACCUAUUGAAAUGGUCCUGAAAAGGGUCUACAAAAAUAAUUUCAAUCUGAACUAUUUAGCUCUUCAGAGGCUGUAUUCUUGCUAAUUGCAAACCUAACAUAAAAAUCUGAAGAAAACUACGCCAUGUCAGACUGUUAAGAUAAAAUUUUGAAGAGAAGAUUGUUUAGUUGAAUCUGCAGUCUUUCUGUGCAUUCUUCUUCCACUGGAACCACCCAAACAAGGGGAAAGAUUUAUCAGGCGAGAAGCAAAUUGUAUUUUUUCAUUCAAAUUACUUAAACAACAAAGUCUUACGCUAUUUCCAGAUCUGUUUCACCCAACUUUUAUGUAAUUAAUGCUGGGAUUUUCGAACUCCACACCGUAGACGCGAUUAAUUCAUAAGAAGGUUAAUUAAAUUCGUACCCCGCUGCGGAACCGCGUUAUAAAAUCGAAUUACUGUCAUUAAUCUAUUCGGCCACACAUUGGCGUAUAUUACCGGUAACUUACUGAAGUAUUUUCAUUAAGCUGCUUUUAUGUAGAAGUACCUAUUCAUCUAGAAUAUUUACGUGUAUUUUAAGCAGUAAGUACUACAGCUGAAAUUUUAAUCAGAUUUUUAUUAAUAUUUGUUGUUUUCUGUUGCUUUUUUUUGAGUAACAGUUUUGCAUAACAUUUAAUUACGAAAAUCGCAUUCUAGUUUUCUUUAAUUUACAAACUAAUUCGUACGUUCGUUUCAGCCAAAUGACGUUCACUGCUGGACAAAGGCCUCCCCCAAGGACCAGUCCUGCGUUGCCCGCAUCCAGGUUCUUCGGUCGGUCUACCAAGUGGGGGGCUGCCCACAUUAUGUCUUCCGGGCCGUGGUCGCCAUUCGACUUUUCUGCCCUAACGCAUUGGGUAACAUCAAAUUUAGGAACGAUUCUGUUCAAAAACCAGCCUAUAAAGUAUAAACCACAGAACAGAACAUUCACUGUGUUGGUUUAUAAACACUGGCAUUGGUUCAAACACAGACACAUGACAAAAAAAUCCUUUGCUACGUGCAGUGUAAACAAUUGCAAAUUCAUCGGUGAAGACAAGCUCAUAAACUCAGUGGAUGCAGUGGUAGUCCAUAUGCAGCAGAAAAAGUUCCCUUGGGUGGAUAAAAGGAACACAACUCAAAGAUGGGUCUUUUUGACGGAGGAGUCCCCGAUUCACACUUUCAUUCACCCUGAUCCAAAUAUAUCUGAUAUUUCUAACACUUACAACUGGUCUAUGACAUACAGAAGUGAUUCAGAUGUACCUAUACCAUAUGGCCGCGUUGUGCCUAUACCCGAGGAGUUGAUGCAUGAGAUGGCCUACGACCCCAUCACCAAGCACAUCCCAUACUGGGAGCAGAAGCAAAGAAAGGUGUUGGUGGCCGCUUUGAUAUCCCACUGCAACGUACCACACCGUAUGAACUAUAUCCGCGAACUGGAGAAGUAUAUAAAAGUGGACAUUUAUGGAGGAUGUGCAAGCAAUUUGAAAAUGAAAAACAGUUGCCCUGGUCACACAGCAGCGGACUGCCCGAAGUUGAACAAGUAUCUCUUUUAUUUAGCGUUUGAAAAUUCAAAAUGUCGUCAAUACCUUACCGAGAAAGUGUAUCACAAUGCAUACGACAAAGGCGCCAUACCAAUAGUGAUGGGACCUCCCGUAGCGGACUGCGUGAAAUUAUUGCCUCCCAAUUCAUUUUUGCACGUUAGCGCGUACGAUUCCCCGCGAGAGCUCGCAAUGGAAAUAUUAUACCUCAGUAUAAAUGACGAAUAUUUCGAAUUGUUCCACAAAUGGAGGUUUUACUUUAGCGUUAUUAAUGAACAUGGCUUCCUUGGGACGACGUCUCUGCAACUCUGCAGGGUUUGCGAAGCUUUGAACUAUAAUGAUAACGGGACUAAAGUAUACGAUGAAGAAUCGAUGAAGAUUUAUGUGGAUCGUAACAUAUUGUGCAAAAUAGGACAACCUUAUACUUGCCACUAAAAAACGUGUGUCAAAAACUCUUGAAUGUUGAUGCAUCAUUCAAGAGUUUUAUAAUAUAGGUACCCAAUACAACAGAAUGGGUUAAAAAAUAUAAUUUUAAAUAGAUUUCCCUCGAAUUCCUGAGUUAUUUUUUUAACUGGAAGAUUAAGGUAGAAUAUAGGUAAUAAAGAUAUUGAAAGCACUUUUGUUUUAAACUAACUGCGGUAGAAUCUAAUUAGCUACAUGGAUUUUUUUAUUUAAUGUCUGUUUUUAAAGGACAGGUGUGUGUCAUGUGUUCUACAUUGUUAAUGAAUUUCAUAAAUAAAAUCUGCGU